AUGAAGAGUAUUGAAAAUACAGCAGAAGUGGGAACAGUAACAAGUGACAGGCGUCCCAUUGAUGGUAAGAAGGAAGAAGUGGAGAGAAAUAUGGAUUCGUUCCAAGGAUGGGUUACCACGGGUUCGGCUUGGUUUCGAUCCGCUAAAGAAAAGACUUAUACGACAUUCGAAUUGGUUAAGAAGGAUCUCACUGAGUUGAGUGAUGUGGUAGCUAGUGAAGCAAGUGCAUUAGCAAGUACUACUGUUGAAAGUGUUAAACAGCAGGCGUACAAUUUACAUCAGAUUAUUAACUUGGAAGAAGAGAAUGAUAAGCAGAAUAAAGAAGAGAGCAAAAAAAUGGAAAGUAACGCAAAUGAAACUGAACAGUCGAGCUCGACAUCUGUUGGAUGGAUAUCAAAGCUACCUUCAGUAUCAACUAUAACAGAUAAUUCGUGGAUCAAAGCAAUAGUUGAUACAAUGAAAAAUAUUGCGCAGGAAAAUACGGCUCAGGGCGAGGAUGAAUUCACAGAAAGCAUUUAUCCACAGAUGAAAUCCAUAAGCAGAAGCGAUUUGCCGCAUCAUAUCCUGUAUGAAAUUCAAACGAAUCCAGAGACAUACAUGAAAAUUCCAGAAGGUGAUAAGGAAUUAUUCAAAAUGUGGUGCGAUGAAUUCAAGUUGACUGAAUAUGAUAGGGAAAUCAGUGCGUUGCUUGCUAACUGUCCUCGAAUGAGAGCUUUGUAUCAAGAAAUGGUGCCUGAAAAGAUUGAGAACGUAGUUUUUUGGGCGAGGUACUUCUACAAAAUUUAUCAGAUGGAAUUGCUGGUUCGGUGUAAAGUUGAUGCCGAAAAACAACUAUUACAAAAGGAUGAAAAUCAAAUCAUACAAGCCCAAAAGCGAACGAUAGAUUUCGGACAAAAAAAUUUAUGUUCCGAUAGAAGUGAGAGUUGUAUUAGUGUAGAUACAGAGCCGACACAAAGUCAGAAUAGUCCAGACAGGCAAUCAGCAAUAGACGAAAGCUGGAGCUUGUGUUCUAGUACCAAUGUUGACCUACAGGAAUUGCAUGAUGAAGAUGGCCCGCGGACGCCGAAAGCUGAUUCAAAUAACUCAUCUAGCAAGAGCGAUGGGUGGAUUAACUGGGAUGAAUAA